AUGGGAUACAUAAAUCUGCUCGGACUAAAGCUUUUGUUAAAUAUAUCAUUAGUCGUGCUGCUGGUAAACGGCCAUGGCACACAGACCGAGGUGAAGCCGGAGUUUCUGGCACCACUGGACAAUCUGACGGUAACGCAGGGCAGGGAUGUGUCUUUCACUUGUGUUGUGAACAAUUUAGGACAGUACCGGGUGGCGUGGAUCAAAUCGGACUCGAAAGCUAUCCUCGCCAUUCACACACACAUGGUGGCGCUAAACCCGCGACUAUCGGUUACGCACAAUGGGCACAACACGUGGAAGCUGCACAUCUCGCACGUGCAGCUCAACGACUCCGGCAGCUACAUGUGCCAGGUGAACACGGACCCGAUGCGACAUCAGUCGGGCAACUUGGACGUCGUCGUGCCGCCCGACAUCCUGAACGAGCACGAGAUGAACACGCUCGAGGGCGGCGUGGCCAAUGAGGGGGGCAACGUGCAGCUGGUGUGCCAGGCGACGGGCGUCCCCGAACCGACAGUCCAGUGGAAGCGUGAAAAUGGCAAGGACAUCGUCGUGCGAACGGAGGGUCGGGAAAAGCAAGUUGUGAAGCUGGUCGAGGGCGAACGGCUGGUGCUGAACCAAGUGCAGCGGACCGACAUGGGAGGCUAUCUCUGCAUUGCCUCGAACGGAGUGCCGCCCUCGGUGAGCAAACGGUUCGACGUGCAAGUGAACUUUCCACCGAACGUUAAAGCAGGAAACCAAUUAGUGGCAGCUCCAGUGGAAAGCCAUGUUCUUCUGCAGUGUAUUGUGGAAGCAUUCCCAACGCCACUGAAUGGUUGGCAUAAACAUGAUGGUAUGAAAUUGUACGAGGGUGAGAAGUACACCAUCACCGAGGAAAAACUGAACGCCUACACGUGGCAGCUGAACUUGACGGUGAAAAACCUACACAAGGGCGACUUUGGGCCGUACAUUUGCUCGAGCAUCAAUGCGCUGGGAAAAUCCGAUGCCAGGAUACGGCUUCAAGAGCUUCACUUACCUCCGAAACCAACGACAACGCCAACGCCGUACGUGCCAUCGACUGUAAAGCAACCACGAAGAAAGCAACAUUCUCAUGGCAAAGGGCACGACGCGGGCAAGGGAAGUAACGGGUUCAACCGGGACACCUACAUCAACAACCACAUCCAGGAGAAUGACUAUCUGGGCAGUUUGUCGGUGCACGAAGGUCCGGGGGGAAACCAAAUGGUCGGGCCGAACGGUGCCACGAUGGGAACCGGCAACGGACUGGGGGCCGGAGGUGCGGCCGGCAACGGUAACGGUGGGCUGGAGAAGCCGCGGAACACGCAAAUGCCGGCACCGAUCCCGUCGCGCCAACCGCACUGGAUCCUGAACAACAAAUCCCACGCGGUGGACAUCUUCAGCCGUCGGCGCACGGUCGCGUUCGUUAGUUGUUGUUUGCUGAUGAUUUAUGGUCUGUUGAUGUUGCUGACGUUUACAUGA